CGUCGAGCAUCGACAGUUUCGUCUUGCCUGGCAUAGUUGAUACGUGUAAUAACCUGAGCUGUGUGAUAUUGUGCAGAUAUGCCACCGAAAAGUUGGAUAUGGAAAUAUUUUCAUAAAAUUGAGGAUGCAUUAUUAAAAUGCAAUAUAUGUGGGAGUACCGUUUCAAUAAAGAGCAAAAUGUACACUUCCCAUAAAAUACAUUUAUUCUACGAACAUAACAUAUGUAAAGAAGAAGAAGUCGACAAGUGGAAAAUGGAAGAAGAUCCUGAGCCGAUCUGGCGAAAUUUCAAAAGAGGCGAACUAUACGCUGCGAUAUGCGAUUUUUGUGGAGAAACAGUGGAACAUGCAUAUAAGAUUUCUAAUUUACAUCUUCACUUUUCGGUGCAUUUUGACGAAAUUGAAAAUUCUAUCAUUAAUUCUUGGUUGAAGAAUCAUAUGAGAUUUAAUAGAAGCGUUGAAAAACCAUAUUGUUAUUAUUGCAAAGACUUUUUAAAUAUCUCUCCCAAAGUACAAGACUUAAAGGAUCAUUUGUUUGUAAUUCACAAUCUCCGCGACACCACCAAAAGAAUGAGAACAGAUAAAGAUACAGAAGAAGGUAGUGCUGAUGUAUCUAAACAGGCUGAGGAGAAUAAGCCAAGUACAAGUUUUCAAUAGAACAGAAUAUGUGUGAAAAUUAUAAAAAAUUAAGGACAUAAUUGAUUAUAGUGCAACAGCAAGGAGAAUGUAGAUAUAAUUGGAAAUAGAUAUUAAAACCGAUAAUACAUUAAACAACAUUAUUUUUGUGUCUUAUACUUUAAAGAAUUAAAUGUAGAGCAAAUAAUUUGAUAAUUUGACAAAAUGGAAACUAUAUAUCACUGUAUAUAUUUCUAUUGAUGCAAGGAUUUCUAUUUCUUUUCGAUUUCUUCUAAACAGCUUUAUCAAACAUUCGUUUUGACAUUGUAGACGCGACAUUCUGCAUAUAAUUAAAAAA